AUGGCAGCCGACAAGGAGUACAGAUUGCUUUGCCUGGAGAACCCUCUCCUCGAUAUCCAGGCUGUCGGCAAUGAUGCUCUACUCGAGAAAUACGGGCUCAAGGCCAACGAUGCCAUUCUGGCCGACCCAAAUACCAACCACCUGGAUCUCUAUGAGGACCUCUUGAACAAUUACGAUGCCAAGCUGAUUGCCGGCGGCGCUGCCCAAAACACGGCCCGAGGUGCGCAGUACAUGCUGCCUCCAAACAGUGUCGUCUACCUGGGCGGCGCCGGUGACGACAAGUACGCCGCCAUCCUCCGCGACGCCUGCAAGCAGGCUGGCCUGCGCGUCGAGUACCGCGUCGACCCCAAAAUUCCCACCGGCCGCUGCGGCGUCGUUAUCACUGGUCACAACCGCAGCAUGUGCACCGACCUGGGUGCCGCCAACCACUACGAUCUCGAGCACCUGAAGCGCCCCGAUAUCUGGGCCCUUGUCGAGAACGCCGAGGCGUACUAUGUCGGUGGAUACCACUUCACCGUCUGCCCUCCCGCCAUCAUGGAGCUCGCCAAGCAGGCGGCUGCCAACAACAAGCCCUUCAUCCUGUCGCUCUCGGCGCCCUUCAUCCCGCAGUUCUUCAAGGAGCCGCUCGAUGCCUCGGCGCCGUACUGGGACUACGUGAUCGGCAACGAGACCGAGGCCGAGGCCUACGCCGACUCGCACGGGCUGGGCACCAAGGACGUCAAGGAGAUCGCCAAGGCGCUGGCCAACCUGCCCAAGGCGAACCCACAGCGCAAGCGCGUGGCCGUCAUCACCCAGGGUACCGAGCCGACCGUCGUCGCCGUCCAGGGCGAGGACGAGGUCAAGGAGUACCCCGUGCACGCAAUUCCCAAGGAGGAGAUCAACGACACCAACGGCGCGGGCGACGCCUUCGCCGGCGGGUUCUGCGCCGGCAUCGUCGAGGGCCGCCCGCUGGAGAAGUGCGUUGAUAUGGGCCAGUGGCUCGCAAGUUUGAGCAUCAGGGAACUUGGUCCUUCCUACCCCUUCCCCAAGCGUACCUACUCUCGCCAGGAAGCGGACUAG